CACUUUCGUUUAGUUUGAUAACAAAAGUUGUCAAGUAUGUAUUAUUUUAGUACGAGAAAUAUGAAAUAGAUUUAUUGAUUAACCACUAUUUUGUGAUAACCACACCGUUUUAACCUAAAGAUCAAGAUGAGAGUUUCAACUUCCGGGUCUGACUCCGAUGACGAAAAUAAUGUAGUCAUCUGCUUUGACCCAAUAAAAAUGAUUCAAAGUCUAUCAAUUUUGUCCACAAUGAAGACUGCCACGGAAUCCAUUACACUUCUGCUCCAAAGCAUCUCCAUCGAGCACGCAAAUCGUCCACGUAAGAAGCGUCCUACAACCAGGAAACGUCCGUCUGAUGAAACAAAAAUAGAUGAAGAUACAAAUAAGAGAGCUCGUAAGGCACCUGAAAAAGAUCCUGAGAUUCCUGAAGCUCAAGACAACAGUAAAUGGAAAUGCUAUAUCUGCUAUAAGACUUUUCAUAAUGAGUCAAAUUUACACAGACACAUCAAAAACACUAAGAUCCAUCGAAGUAGAUACUGCCCGGAAGAAAUUGACGAUGACACUACAAGAUUUCGCUGCGGGUUUUGUGGGGCAACGUAUAGCAACAGAGGCAACGUAAAUAGACAUAUUAAAUCGCAUCAUUCUAAUGUACAAAAAAGUGAAAAUAAAUGCGACGCUAAAGAUAUUAAAAUGAGUGUUGAUACUUCUCCCGAAGUAAAUUCUGAUCAUGAAGAGCAGGAGCUUGUAAAUGUUGAUAUUACAAUGUGCGUAUUUGUGUGUGAACAAUGCGAAGUAGCUACACCUGUGAUCGACCGCGCAGUGGAGCAUGCACAGUUCCACGAAUUGCCCGGCUACAGGCCCAUUCCGCAGACUUGUCAAAUUUGUAAAUACACAUUUGAAGCUCAGGAUAUCACAGAACACUUUAAAAUUCACGAACGCGACAAUGAGUUCAUACCAUAUGACCCCCUCAAGUUGCUGAACAACGAAUGGUCUGAUAUAUUUCAAGGUUUAGAUGACACUCUUAUAAACACGAUAAAAUCGUCGACUAUAUAUGAACAUACUAGGAAAGUUAGAAUGAACACAGAUGACAGUGAUGAUCCGUCUUCAAAACCUCUUUAUCAAUGUGGCAUGUGUGAAAUGCACGUUCGUCCAGCGGAAGUAGAAGAUCAUUGCAAUAAGGAAAAAGCUUGCCUUGAAAAUCACUCAGUAUUUCACGUCUGUGAGAAUUGUGACAGAUUUUUCUUCACAGAAGAAGCUUUAUCAGAACAUGUUGCAGAAGAAGAAGAGAAUUCAACAUUUAAAGUAGUCACUUUCAACCAUGAAUGGGAUCUACCGAUCAAUAGGGCUUUGAGAAACCUUCAAAAUAAUUUGCACCUAGCUGGAGAAAACUCUCAACAAGAAAAAGUUUCAAACACGACCGAACAGGCAGCAACUAAAAAUCAGCAGAGUAAAAAAAUUAAAAAGGCAAUAGUAGUUCUCGAUAAAUAUCCAAUAACACAGUUUUGUCAAGACUGUGGUAAGUUCAUCUCAAUUUCAGAAUUAAAAACUCAUGAUGCCACACACAGAUAUAAUAAUAAUGCAGCUGAAGAUGAGGAAAACCACACUGAUGACGAAAUGUCAAUAGUAGAAAACUGCUUAGAAAAUAAUAAUGAGAGAGGCAAUAUUCCAGAUGAUAACCCUGAUGGAGUUGAAAUCAGAAAUGAAAAUAUUGUGGAUCAUAUAGCAAAUAUGCAGGAAGACGGAGAAGAAGAAAUAAUUGCAAAUAAUACUGUGCGCAUUGAAAAUGUCAGGUCAAUAAUAAACACUGCUUCAGCAAACCAGUUUACAAUGAUUAGACCUGACGAUAGUUUCAGAACGAUCGAAAAUGAAUUAAGACACGACUUGCGUGAAAACUUCAUAAAAUAUUCAGCCAUUCACAUUGCUAAUAAUGCAAGUAAGCAAUCAAACUCAAACAAUGAAAUAAUUGAAACACCUGAUGAAUCUGAUCAUAAUAAUGACUCAAAUUGUAGACUGCCAACGCCAAGUACUUCGUCAGAUCAAAAUAAGGUUUCAGAAGAUAACCAAAUCGUUGAUGAUAAGAGCAAACUCGAACAUAUUAUAAAGGCGAUCAGACUUAAACAAUUAUAUAAAACUAAUGAAAUUAUCGAAAUAUCUGAUGAUGAAAAUGAAGAAGAAGACUCAAAUCGUAAAGUGCCAACGCCAAGUACUUCGCCAGAUCUAAUUAGGGUCUUAAUAAAAGAAGAAGUGGAUAUCGAAGACGAUAAGAGCGAAAUCCAACAUAUUAUUAAUGCGAUUGAUAGACAAAUAAACCAGGCUAAUAAUAUUUUUGACUUAACUGAUGAAUCUGAAGAUACAGCAGCCACAGAAUCAAAUGUAGUCGCAACUGUGAAUGCGCAUCAAGAUGCAGAGGAAAACAAUGAAGAAACAACAAGUGAACUUCAGCGUAUAAUCGAAAUGACACUAAAAAAUAAGCAGCUAAUGUCCAGUCGUGACUAGAAUUGUUAAUGUGAAGCCCGCUCUUAAGAGGAUUUUGAAGAGACCACGCUAAAAGCGCGUUUUAAGCGGUAAUUCGUAUUAACUGGAACUUGUAAUUUUUUUGUUUAAGAUUUAUUGUUAUUGACUUAUUUAUCCCGAACUUACUGACGGCGUAGAACCUUUUAGCCUUCGGAGAGACGUUGGCUCUCUUUGCAUGUUCUACCGUCUGUACAGUCAGCAUCAAAAGUAGCGGAUCAAAUAACGUUUCAUAAGUAUCUACCAUUCUGUAACAGCUUACCAAAAACUGAUGUCUUUAAUAAGGAAUAACUAAAACUGUAAAAGAUAUACUUUUGAGCGCGAAUUUUAACAAUUUAUCUAUAUUUGGAAAAGUUAUCCGGAAUAUCAGAUACUUUUGGCGCGUUGUUUCAUCCGCUACUUUUGAUGCUGACUGUACAAUGGGGAAUGCUCCAAAGAACUUUUUGAAUUGGUGCCAUCGUCACGUUUUUAUCACCGCACCUCCCGCCAAAGGAGCAAAGCUCAUCCUCACUUCUUAGAUACAUGGCACCCUCGUUUCUUCCCAGGACGCAGAAUCUGGAAUGAGUUGCCCCCUGAGGUAUUUCCGUUGCGCUACGACAUGAGAUCCUUCAAGAAGCGGGUAUUUAGGGUUCUCAAGGGCCGGCAACGCUUAAGUGACUCCUAUGAUGUUGCUUAUGUCCAUGGGCGACGAUGACCGCUUCCCAUCAGGUGGCUCGUCUGCUCGUUUGCUGACUAUACUGUAACAUUUAAAAAAAUACUUAUUUUUUUACGUAAGUAUUUUAAAUUGUGAAUGCAUUUAUGUGUUAAAAUGGCCAUAUAAAAUUGUAAUUAAUUAUUUAGUUAUUCAUAGGUCGCUUUUAUACUUUAUCGUGGUCAUUUACUUUAUUAUCUUGGCCGAUACCGUCCACGAUUCGAUAACACGACACAACGCUCUACGAGGCAACAUUCCCAUCUUCACCACUUAGAUGGUUGGCAGAACUCAACUGUGCGUUUCUCCAGAAACUUCCUGAUCCACUUAGAUGGUUGGCAGAACUCAACUGUGCGUUUCUCCAGAAACUUCCUGAUCCACUUAGAUGGUUGGCAGAACUCAACUGUGCGUUUCUCCAGAAACUUCCUGAUCCACUUAGAUGGUUGGCAGAACUCAACUGUGCGUUUCUCCAGAAACUUCCUGAUCCACUUAGAUGGUUGGCAGAACUCAACUGUGCGUUUCUCCAGAAACUUCCUGAUCCACUUAGAUGGUUGGCAGAACUCAACUGUGCGUUUCUCCAGAAACUUCCUGAUCCACAGCUGAACUGUGGAAUGAACUGCCGCUCGCGGUGUUUACGGACCGAUACGACCUACAAACCUUCAAGAAUAGAGUGUACUCUCAUAUUAAAUAUCGACAACGCAUUUACAACCCCACUGGUGCAGGUGUCCAUGGGCGGUGCAUUUACUUACCAUCCUCCUAUUGGUACAUUUUCUCAACCUCGUACAUUUAAAACUAACUUAAAAUGAAAAUUACAAUAAAAUAAACGAUACGAUACGGUACGAUAAAAUCGUGUUACCAUGGACAACGAUAAUGUAUAAAAGUGCUCAUAUGGUUCCAGUGUUUAACUUUCAUGUACGGAACCCUAAAAAGUGACAGUCUAUGUGAUAAUUACAAACCAAACUUAUUUUUGUAAUCACGUAAAUGAUUUUAUCUACACGUGCUACGUUGGUAGCAAUCAGUACCCCUAGUGUAAAUUUAGUCGAUAGCGAAACGUGACAUACGCGUUUGCGUUAAGUUUCAUUUUGUAUGGGUUUUUGAACAGCGCGCCAAGCGGGACGUUUUGGAAAGUCAAAAAUCUCAUACAAAAUGACACUUAACGCAAACGCGUACGUCACGUUUCGCUGUCGAAAAUAUUUACACUAGGGGUACAGUUACUUUCUUAACUCAGUCAGAUUAUCAUAUAUUACCGAACAAGUGCUAUAAUACAAUUACAAAGCACGCGUGUGUAAUAUCCAGGAUUUAGAGCCUAAAAGCGGCUCAAUAGCCGGGUCCAUACAGAGCGAGCAUACCCGCGAGGCAAUUUCCUCACGCACAAUACAGCCAGAGUAGACGUGCCUCGGCCGAGGCGGCGCGCGCGUUUUCCUCGCUCGAGUGCGCCGCCUUGGCCGAGGCACUUCUAUACUGGCUGUAUUGUCCGUGAGGAAGUUGCCUCGCGCGUAUGCUCGCUCUGUGUGGACCCGGCUAAUAACGUGCACCUUCCGAGCAUAUGUGUUGAAAUAGUACAUUACGAUACAUGUGCGAAAAAUAGGAAAUUCGAAACGAGUGGCGAUAAAUUAAAACACGGCCGAAGGGAGUACAACGUUUUACAGUACAUAUGGCCCUUUAAAUGUUCGACACAGUAACGUAAUAUGCUAAUUUUUGCACUAGUGCGGUAAAGUAUUAGCACCAUAUGUACUGUAAUAGUACAUUACGAUACAAGUGCGAAAAAUAGGAAAUUCGAAACGAGUGGCGAUAAAUUAAAACACGACCGAAGGGAGUGUUUUAAAUCGACACGAGUUGUGAAUUACCUAUUCGCACAUGUAUCGUACAACGUUUUACAGUACAUAUGGCCCUUUAAAUGUUCGACACAGUAACGUAAUAUGCAAAUUUUCGCACUAGUGCGGUAAAGAAGCACCAUAUGUACAGUCAAUGUCAAAUACUUUGUAGCAACGAAAGUAGCCAAAUAGUUCGGUACACCAUAUAUUUAGUAUGGUGUACCGAACUAUUUGGCCACUUUGACUGCUACGAAGUAUUUGACGCUGACUGUACUGUAAAAUAGGUUAUAAGUGAAUAGUUACAUAUUUAGAUUUUAAGAUAUAUCUUAAUGUUGUAUUUGAUGUCAAAACAUAUUUGUAUGUCUUUAAUGUUAGUGUUUAUAUUUUUUAUCGAUUUAUUAUUAGAUUUUAUUAAUUAGACUAUAAUUAUCUUUUGUCAUGUUUUAGGUUAAGCAGGGGUGUACCUACCGAAAAAAAAACUGUAAACUUCAAAUGUGAAAAACUGAUUCAUUGAGACCACACUAUGGUUUUUAAAAUGACUAUAAUAAAAAGCGAGUUUUAAUUUAGAUAA